CCGCCACAACCGCACCCCCCGGAGGGAACCUGGUCGCCGGUACACGCCCGGGUGGAGCACCCCCCGCUCCGAAGGUCCAAUGCGCACGAAGUCAGUCUCUUUUCGCAAACGCUGUCCCAAAAGUGGGGCGUGGUCGCGACACCGGAGGCGGAUGUUGAAGCAGGUCGUGAGGGUAAUGAUAAUUAUAUGAAGACCACUUCUAAACCGCAGGAACAUGAUGAUUUUCGUUUUCCCACUACAAAUCGUGGUGGGAGGACUUCUGCUGCAACGUCCUCUACUGGAGCUGCUGCAGCACCUUCCGAGUGGUUGUUCGCCCAGGAUCCCGGCGUGCCAAAAAACUGGAUGCCGUCGCAGCUAGAGCUCGUCACGGACACCUUGAACUUUGCGCAGCUUCGCCAAAACCUGUUUUAUCAAAAUGCUCGGGUGAACUCAAGGGCGUACUACCACGUCGAUGGCUCGCGAGCAACAGCAACCGUACGGGAGGAAUAUUCAGCAUAUAUGUGCUUUCUGGUCGCAGCAGAGGUUCCAACUCCGCAGGUGAACACGGGAUAUAAUACAAACAUUCUGGAAGAGCUAGCUGAAAUUUUGGAGGAAAAAUUCCUUCUGGAGCAGCUUGGGCAGCAUGCGGCGGAAGUGCAUCCCGACGCAAGAAAUAUCGUAGAAGAUGACGAGGGCCAUAGAACUGCUACCGCCAACGCCGCCCCAGCAGGAUUUGCUUUGCGUGCACACGCUGAACGGAUGCGAAAAAGGUGUCACGAAGCCCACCAGCAGAAGAUCAUUUAGCAGUGCCUCUUUCCUUUCCUCUGCCCGAAAGUGCGUUACCCGGGGCGGCGCUUCUAUCGUGUGCGGAAGCAGCAAAGCCGGGCGGCCGACCGCCUCGGCACAAGUCGUUUCUGCCGCGGCCUCGUCCGCAGCGCGCGGGGAGACCACGGAGAGCGGAAGGGAAGAGAAGCGGGAAGAUCUUGUUCGGUCUUCUGUCCCCGACCGGCUCGAGAGCAGCAGCAGCAGGGAAAUAAACCUACUGAAGCGCGCCAGCUUUGAUUUUGACCUCCUGUAUGCCAAGUCCGGGGGGCUGGGCGACAGCGUGCUGCACCUGACGCAGGUCCAUCUCCACCAAAUGGCCGCUGCAGGAGGUCAUGCAGGGCCAUAUGCAAAUCAGGGCGGGCGGGCCUCGCCAGACAGCGUUUUUCGCCAUUCGAAGUUCGGCUGGCUGCUGCGGCGCAUCCGGGAGGACAAAUUUCACGUUGUACGGGCGCAGGAGCUGGAAAAUCUAGUGCAGCGAAGGUACAAGCAGCAGUAUAGCGCUUCCUCGUCCGGCCACGAUGAUCGCGCGGCAGUAGACAAAGAAAUUGAAGUCGCGAAAAAGUUUUGGGAGGGGCCGCUUGCGGUGCGGAGGAGGAAUCUUCAGAAGGGUCCACCUAAAGGCGGAGGCGCUGCCACCAAGAACCAAGGGGCAAGCCAAGGGCACGAAUCGAUAGUGGUGGUCCCGUCAGAGGUACAAUUGGGUAUCGUCGAUCACGCGCAUAGCAGUAGUUCUUCCUACAACCCAGCCCCCCGAGGAGAGAUGAAUUACAAAGCGGAGCAACAAGAAUUAACAACGCCCCCCGGCGAAACCACGAACACGUCAGCCCCGCCGCUGCCCGAAGAGUUCCGCGCGGCCCUCGACGAAGACCCGCUUUGCCGGCAGUUCAGUUUUCUGCUCCACGCUGUGAACGCCGCGCGCGGCGACACGCCGCUGCACGAGGCGGCGCGGUCGGGGAACUGGGCGGCCCUGCAACUUCUGAUCGGCUUCGACGACCUGAGCACGAUAGAACAACUGGAAGAUGUAAAAAGUGACCCGUCGGGUGCAGCGCGACCAGCGGUGUCGAUCAGUAGUACCGGCCGCUCUGGAAGUACUUCGUUAACAAGAACUCUUGUUCUCGAAGAAAAGCAGCGUGAUCUUCACUUAGAGCAAGCUCCUUCUCGUGAUCACUUAGAAAGUAGAAAUCACGUCGCACGACAGGACGGAGGACACCCGAGACGCGGUGGACCACACGACCGGCGACUGUACGCAGAACCCGACCUGGAAAACCCGUUUUCGGGGUCCAAUCACCCGGAAACGACCCGCUGGGUGUGGCGGCAGCUGCUAUUCAAGAAAAACGCGUUCGGGGAUACGGCCGGAGAUCUGCUGAAACCUCAUGUGACGCGUUCCCGUUUGUUUACGGAAAGGCAACUUCUGAGCCAACUUUCGCGAAUUUUGGAUCAAAAAAGGCCUGACCCAACCUUUGUGAGACUUUGAAGACCUGUAAGUUAUCCUGAGUACUUCUAGACAUUGCAUUUUUUUUUGCACCAUCGCAUGUUGACGUACUGCAUUAUUGGAUGGUGCCCGAUCAUGCUGGACAGAGAACAUAACUCAGAGCUUUAAAUCCUCUUAAUGCGAUUUUUAUUUUGAAGACGUUUUCGCGUACGGAGAAGAGCGAAAACAAAUUGCUAUGAUUUUGAUCAUCAUCGCGUCAUGUCAAAAAUGCGACGUGAUGGUCUCAGUUUUUUGUCAAAAUGCCAGCUCGCCUUGUCUAGCGAACCUCUUUCAUGUUAUACUGUAUGAUGAGCAUUUCUACAAAUUCAUGAGCAUAUUAGAGACAUCACAAAUUCUUGUAUCUAUACCGAGGCACCCGGCGGUAGGAGAAAACCGUAGUGCUUUUGUAGUGAAAAGCGCUGCAAGUGCAAACAGUCAUUGCAGCUUUCUGACGUAGGCUCGAUCGCCAACGGAAAGGGACGAGAGGAUGUAUAUUUUAAUUUCCAAAAAAGCGGAGUAGUUGUAGGUGUGUACCCACCGCGAGAGCGUAUUUGCUGUCAUACUUUGCCGCGCGUGAUCUACUCCUCUUCUUCAAUCGAACCUGAAUGAAAGGCACCAGCAGCGGCGCUGCGUCCGAAUUUAGUAAAAAUGCAAAGAUCGACCAGAAAGUGAGCUCUUUUUGUUUUUGCGCGUUUAAGGAGGACAACUUUUGGACCGAUAAACUUCGGACACAACAACGAAGGUGCGAACAACUUGUCUGCUUUCUCUACAAGUCUUUCGCCCGACGCGUGCUGAAAGGUAACACACCUUCUUGGGUUGUUCGUUUUUAUAGUGCGAUUUAUCUCUCAACAACCACAUCUGCAGGACGGAGAGCAGCAGAGUCGUUAAGUCUUCGGUGCCGAUUUUGCAAAAUGGAGCUUG